AUGUCUGACAAACAAACUCCCCAAGAGCCAGUUCACCAACACGAGGGCUUCUUCGAGCGAAUCCUCCAUCAUCACUAUCAGAACCAGGAGGCCCAGUAUCAGAAGGAGCCUGACCAGGACAAGACUGGUAAAGAUGAACAUGAACACGACCAUGAUGAACACAAGAAGAAGGGCGAGAGUGAGUUGGACAAGAUGAAGGACUACCUCCAUGAAGAUGAGGAGCUUGAGGCUGAGGGACGGACUUACGGAGGUUUGAUGUAA